UACAACAGGUCACAUUGACUGGUAUGACGUUUUCUGCUACUGCUUGACUGUCUGUGAGAAAUGGCCCAUCUAGUGAAAGGAGGGCGGUUUAUAUGGCCAGUUUACCGGACCCAGCAAUUGUUAAAUACAUCUGCGCCUCAAAAAAGUCUACAGAGAUGCCUAGCAUACAGUCAGCCACGUUCAGUCAUUGAGGAUGGUGAAGUACGAGCCAGUAUCUUGGCCUCCGAAGCACGGAAAGCAGACCCCAAGAAAACCAAACCGAAUGUCUUCACAAAGAUCCUCAAUAAAGAGAUUCCAGCUGAUAUAAUCUAUGAAGAUGAUCAGUGUGUGGCAUUCCGUGAUGUCAAUGCUGUUGCUCCAACCCAUUUUCUAGUGAUACCCCGCAAAGAGAUACCAUGUUUGAGUGAAGCAGAAGACGAAGACUCGCCGUUACUUGGACAUCUGAUGAGUGUAGCCCGGAAGCUUGCAGACAAAGAGCCUUUGGAUGAUGGUUACAGAGUCGUUAUCAACAAUGGACAGCACGGCAGUCAGUCCGUUUACCAUCUCCAUAUUCACGUCAUCGGAGGACGACAGAUGAAGUGGCCCCCGGGUUAAGGUCUCCGCCGGCUAGUCGGUGUGGGCUUCUAAGGACCAUGGGAGUAUUUCAUGAAAAAAAAUAAUCAAUGAUUUUUACUGACAACUUUUAUAAGCUACUGAUAUCCUUGCAUCCGAUUGGCUCGGAAAAAGUAUGGUUAUUUUCACUGAAUAUUGUUAUAAGCUACUGAGAUCCUUGUAUACAAGAACCAUGGGAGUAUUUCAAAGAACAAAUAAUCAGUCAUUUUCACUGACAACUGUUCUAAAC